CCUCGCAGGCACCCACAGAGCAGAGCCUACCACCAUGCGACUGAGCUCCCUGUUGGCCCUGCUGCGACCAGCACUGCCCCUCAUCCUCGGGCUUUCUCUGGGAUGCAGCCUGAGCCUCUUGCGGGUGUCCUGGAUCCAGGGUGAGGGAGAAGAUCUCUGUGUAGAGGCUGUGGGGGAGCCAGGAAGGCCACAGAAUCUGGACUUGGGAUCACGGCUGGAUCAAAGCGAUGAAGACUUCAAACCGCGGAUUGUCCCCUAUUACAGGGAUCCCAACAAGCCCUACAAGAAGGUGCUCAGGACUCGGUACAUCCAGACAGAGCUGGGCUCUCGUGAGCGGCUGCUGGUGGCUGUCCUGACUUCCCGGGCCACGCUGUCCACUCUGGCCGUGGCUGUGAACCGCACGAUCGCCCACCACUUCCCCCGGUUGCUCUACUUCACCGGGCAGCGAGGGGCCCGGGUUCCGGCGGGGAUGCAGGUGGUGUCUCACGGGGACGAGCGGCCGGUCUGGCUCAUGUCAGAGACCCUGCGCCACCUUCACACGCACUUCGGCGCCGACUACGACUGGUUCUUCAUCAUGCAGGAUGACACGUACGUGCAGGCCCCCCGCCUGGCAGCCCUGGCCGGCCACCUCAGCAUCAAUCAAGACCUGUACCUGGGCCGGGCAGAGGAGUUCAUUGGCGCGGGCGAGCAGGCCCGAUACUGCCACGGCGGCUUCGGCUACCUGUUGUCACGGAGCCUCCUGCUUCGGCUGCGGCCACAUCUGGAUGGCUGCCGAGGCGACAUUCUCAGCGCACGUCCCGAUGAGUGGCUCGGCCGCUGCCUCAUCGACUCUCUGGGCAUCGGCUGUGUCUCCCAGCACCAGGGGCAGCAGUAUCGUUCAUUUGAAUUGGCCAAAAAUAGGGACCCUGAGAAGGAGGGGAGCUCGGCUUUCCUGAGCGCCUUUGCUGUGCACCCCGUCUCCGAGGGAACCCUCAUGUACCGGCUCCACAAACGCUUCAGUGCGCUGGAGCUGGAGCGGGCGUACAGCGAGAUCGAACAGCUGCAGGCUCAGAUCCGGAACCUGACUAUGCUGACCCCCGAAGGGGAGGCAGGGCUGAGCUGGCCCGUGGGGCUCCCGGCUCCUUUCACCCCGCACUCUCGGUUUGAGGUGCUGGGCUGGGACUACUUCACUGAGCAGCACGCCUUCUCCUGUGCCAACGGGGCUCCCAAGUGCCCACUGCAAGGGGCCAGCAGGGCGGACGUGGGCGACGCGGUGGAGACUGCCCUGGAGCAGCUGAACCGGCGCUACCAGCCCCGCCUGCGCUUCCAGAAGCAGCGGCUACUCAACGGCUACCGGCGCUUCGACCCGGCCCGCGGCAUGGAGUACACGCUGGACCUGCUGCUGGAGGCAGUGACGCAGCGUGGGCACCGGCGCGCCCUGGCCCGCCGGGUCAGCCUACUGCGGCCGCUGAGCCGGGUGGAGAUCCUCCCCAUGCCCUACGUCACGGAGGCCACCCGCGUGCAGCUGGUGCUGCCCCUCCUGGUGGCCGAGGCUGCUGCGGCCCCUGCUUUCCUCGAGGCCUUCGCCACCAGCGUUCUGGAGCCACACGAGCACGCGCUGCUCACCCUGCUGCUGGUCUAUGGGCCGCGGGAAGGUGGCCGAGGGGCCCCGGACCCGUUUCUCGGAGUGAAGGCCGCGGCGGCCGAGUUAGAGCGACGGUACCCGGGGACGAGGCUAGCCUGGCUCGCUGUGCGCGCGGAGGCUCCUUCCCAGGUGCGGCUCAUGGACGUCAUCUCCAAGAAGCACCCCGUGGACACCCUCUUUUUCCUCACCACCGUGUGGACCCGGCCGGGGCCCGAAGUCCUCAACCGCUGCCGCAUGAAUGCCAUCUCCGGCUGGCAGGCCUUCUUCCCAGUCCACUUCCAGGAGUUCAACCCCGCCCUGGCACCACAGCGAUCUCCCGGCGCCCCGGGGGCUGGCCCUGACCCCCCAUCCCCUCCCGGUGCCGACCCUGCCCGUGGGGCUCCCGUGGGGGGCAGGUUCGACCGACAGGCCUCCGCGGAGGGCUGCUUCUACAACGCCGACUACCUGGCAGCCCGCGCCCGGCUGGCUGCUGAACUGGCAGGCCAGGAAGAGGAGGAAGCCCUGGAGGGGCUGGAGGUGAUGGAUGUUUUCCUCCGGUUCUCAGGGCUCCACCUCUUCCGGGCCGUGGAGCCAGGCCUGGUGCAGAAGUUCUCCCUGCGGGACUGCAGCCCGCGGCUCAGCGAGGAGCUCUACCACCGCUGCCGCCUCAGCAACCUGGAGGGGCUGGGGGGCCGCGCGCAGCUGGCCAUGGCCCUGUUCGAGCAGGAGCAGGCCAACAGCACCUAGCGCUUCCGCCGCACCCCGCCUGCUUCCCCCUGGGUGGCCUCCGCCCCUGGAGGGGCAAGGCCAGAUGGAUGGACAGAUGGAGAGCUUGUGGCUGUAUUUUUUUAAUAAGAAAAUGUUAUUAAAAAUGUCUCUGCCA